AGUGGGAACGUCGCAGCGCAACGCGGUUGCACAAUGCAUUGAAGAGGAAUCGUAUUGUUGCAAUAUGGUGGGCACUUAUCGUUAUCUUAAUGGAGACUAAGCUUUUGACUGCGACUAUUGCGUGCGAGGUAUCGACUUCCCAGAGGAACGACAAUCGAUGACGUUACUCGCGCAGCGCAACGUUUGGCAACGUGCCGGUGGAUCGGGACUGGAGAGAGAUCAAAACAAACAACCCUCGUUCAGUGUGUAGAUUACUUGUCUCCGCUGACCUUACGUGAACGAGGUAUUUAAUAAGGACUAGCAGAAUGAGCCGAAGAAAGAAGGCGAAGGUUGAGUACAGAGAGAUGGAAGAAAAAUACAAUCAAAUUGAUGAUGAAAAUGCAUCCGAUACUUCCGAAAAAUCGAAAACUGGCCUUGGCACGCCAGAAAAAAAAAUCUUGCCUGAACCGAAAAAGGAAACGUCAGAAACGUCAACUGCACCCAAAGUCGAAGCUAAAGAGGAAGACGAACAGGAUAGUGAUCACGAAGAUCCGCACGUAAAAGAAUUAUUGACUGGGCUGGAAGGCGCAGCUUUCCAAAGUCGCCUGCCGUUUGAAAAGCUGACCUCAACAGAGGCUGCCUGCUUCCUUGACGUAUCUGGAGGACCGCCGCAGACUCAGAAAGUAUUUCUUCAUAUAAGGAAUAGAUUGCUGCAGCUAUGGCUUGAAAACCCUAAGCAGCAAUUAAUUAUCGAAAAUGCUCUGCCGGCUGUGGAAGCGCCAUAUAACAGUGAUCCGAUACUUGUUCGCAGAGUUCAUGCUUUUCUCGAACGCCACGGUUUCAUUAAUUUUGGUGUUUUUAAACGGCUCAAGCCAUUGCCGGUGAAGAAAUUGGGUAAAGUUAUAGUAAUUGGUGCUGGAAUCGCCGGAUUAGCUGCUGCCCAGCAAAUGCAACAAUUCGGAUUAGAAGUUGUUGUGCUUGAGGCUCGGGAUCGCGUCGGUGGGCGCAUAGCAACAUUUAGAAAAUCUUCUUACAUCGCAGAUCUUGGAGCAAUGGUUGUGACGGGACUUGGUGGAAACCCAGUAACUACCCUUAGCAAGCAAAUCAACAUGGAAUUACAUAAAAUCCGACAAAAGUGUCCAUUGUAUGAAAGUGAUGGUCAAACUGUACCGAAGGACAAAGAUGAGAUGGUUGAGCGAGAAUUCAACAGAUUAUUGGAGGCCACAUCGUAUUUGUCUCAUCAGCUCGACUUUAAUUACGUUGGUGGUGUAGCCACUGCAGUUAACCAACAAGGUCAAACAGCUUCAACGAGGCCCGUAUCUCUUGGACAGGCAUUGGAGUGGGUUAUUCGUCUACAAGAGCAAGGAGUCAAACAACGUCAGGUUGCACAUUUGCGCUCUGUGCUUUCGCUUCAGAGUCGAUUGAUCUCAAAUCAACACAGGAUGAUUGCGAUCAAAGAACGUUUGGCAGAGUUGAAUAAACAGUACAAAGAAAUGUCGGAGAGCAAAUCACAAUCACGUGACAUUACGCAAGAAUUUGUCAUUCGGUCAAAAAUGCGUGAUAUUAACAACGCCUGCAAGGAGUGGGAUCAACUUGCCGAGCAGCAAAAAGAAAUUGAAGCAAAGUUGCAAGAGCUUGAAGCCUCACCGCCAAGUGACGUGUAUUUAUCAUCGAAGGAUCGGCAGAUACUCGAUUGGCACUUCGCUAAUCUGGAAUUCGCCAAUGCGACGUCGCUGUCUAAUUUGAGCCUGAAACACUGGGACCAGGAUGACGACUUCGAGUUUACUGGAAGCCAUCUAACAGUUCGCAAUGGUUAUUCUUGCGUCCCAGUGGCCUUGUCAGAGGGACUUGACAUUCGGCUAAACACUGCAGUAAGAGCCGUUCGUUACGGUCCAAAUGGUGUCGAGGUCUGGGCCGCGCCCUCGAGGAGUCCGCACACAGCGCACACGGUCCACAAGGCUGACGCAGUCCUGGUUACGCUUCCUCUGGGAGUCCUGAAAGCCUCGGCCCAACCUUCGGCGGUCGCGUUUAACCCGCCCCUUCCCGACUGGAAGUCACAGGCGAUCCAGCGUCUCGGUUUCGGCAACCUCAACAAGGUGGUGCUCUGCUUCGAACGAAUCUUCUGGGACCCUACCGCAAACCUCUUCGGUCACGUCGGAAGCACGACAGCGUCCCGAGGAGAGCUCUUCCUCUUUUGGAACCUGUACAAAGCUCCGGUUCUGUUAGCCCUCGUUGCCGGCGAGGCAGCUUGCGUGAUGGAGAACGUUAGCGACGACGUCAUCGUGGGUCGAUGCAUCGCUGUCCUCAAGGGUAUAUUCGGAAACCAAGUUGUGCCUCAGCCACGCGAAAGCGUUGUUACCAGAUGGAGGGCCGACCCUUGGGCACGAGGUUCCUACAGCUUUGUUGCUGUCGGUAGCUCCGGAAGUGACUACGACCUUCUCGCGGCACCCGUCACUCCUCCAGCUCCUCCGAAUCAUCCACCUGGGGCUCCACCUCUUCAGCCACGUUUAUUUUUCGCAGGGGAACACACAAUUCGCAACUAUCCGGCAACGGUGCACGGUGCAUUUCUCAGCGGACUAAGGGAGGGUGGACGAAUCGCUGACCAGCUCACCGGAUGUCCUUACGCCCCCCUGACGCAGCCGACGCCUGUCGUUUCCACGGCCGGAAUCGUUACGACGUCAUCCGCAGCCCCGGGCGGAACGCCGUAGCGCCAGACACCCAGAAGCGUCUUAUCGCCAACGGACUCGCGAUCUCCGGUCGUUUUUGCCGGUUGAGAUCCGAGGUGGAUUCCCGUCUGAUGUUCUUAUUGCCAUUUUUGGAGGAAACGUCGUUAGGAUGUGUCUGGUAAUAAAAAUACACGGAAAAACUUGGACGAAUGUCCGUCCUACGCAGACUUUAAUCGACUUUACCUGCCUCCGGAUAAGAGUCCUGUAUUUUUUGCAUGCUUGUGAAUGUGCCGUUUUUGAGAUUGCGGUUGAAGAACGGCGGGCGUAUUUUACCCACGAGAUUAUGCUUAUAGCGUUAUUACUAGUAUUUCUUUUACCACGUGACUGCCUUAGCGUUUAGAUAUUAUUUGAUGCUGUACCAGAUUCAAUGGUAUAUCUCUAUUAUACUCGGUGGUAUGGAUGUCGAUUGACCCCGUGUCUUAAUUACCUUCGUUUACGUACUGAAAUUUCAUUUCACUAUAGGAACAACUCACAAAGUUUUACAAUAGAUAGUUAUAGCAUUACGUGUUAUUCUUACGUAGCGAUAUUUGCCCGUACCUUUCAUGCUGCAAAACAUUUGUCUGACGGACAGAACUUUAAUUCAUAUAAUUGAUCCGAUUAGACGAACCCAAAAAACUCGAGCAAAAGCAAAUAACAAGUUAAACUCUGUCAUGUAUUCUUCUUAUUUUUCGUUAUUAAACGAAAAUAGCGCGAUCCGAUCGCUGACGUUAUUUCUGUUUACGAUUCGUUAUCAAAAUCAACGUCAAUAUUACCUCAAUCUCUGUAUAAAAGUCCUUUUGUCCGCAGGGAUCAGCAAACCCGUGUCAGAUGUUAUUAAAAAUUAAUUGCUUCUAAUUAUUAUUAUACCUCAACGCAUCGUACUUAUUCCAUUAUCCUUUAUUAUUCGUCGAGAAAUAGCGUUAACGUUUCAUUGCUGGUCCAUUUAUAAAUACGCGAUAUUGCAGGACACUUUCAAUGCGCGUGCGUUGUCACUUUUGCAAUGAUUGACAUAACACAUUGUAAUACAGCGAGUAACUAAUCGACUGAUUAUAAAUCAAUCAUGCAAAUCGACCACACUCUGUAAGUGCAAUGAAUGUGUUAAUCAUUUAUGACUACUGUAAUGAAUGGAGUAAAUAAACAGUGAACACAUUCCGCUAAUAAUCCUUUCUAAAGUUAGCAUUUUUUUUUUAUCUGCACAAAUUAAACUUUUAAUCGCCAAUUUAUAAUAUAAAAUGCAUCUGUAUUUUCCGUAGAGAAAUUCAGUGCCAGUUUGUUUCCACAGAUUUCAAUGUUACUUUUCAGGUUAUAUAUAUCGCUGGUGCAUGCCAUCGAAUGAAAAAUAACGAAUGAAAUAAUGUUGAAUAUUUAUAAUUUUUUUUUACCGUGCAAGUGUUCGAGUUUCGAAUCCACUGGUUGUAACACACAAUCUUACAGGAAUGAAUUCUUUACAUCCGACUUCCAAAUUUUUUUAACAAGAAAAACAGCAAUGUACAUAUGUAAUGAUUCCCGGGAACACUUUUCUUUGCUGACAUUUCGUUCUUUACACACUAAAAAUUACAUGAAGGAAAAAUAAUUUUAUAGC